UCAUUUUUCAAUCGGAGAAUCAGUGGCUCCCGUUUUCUCCAUAAUAUUUUGUCUAAUAAGGUGAUAAAAAAACUAGUUAACACAAAAAAGAAAUCAGCAGCGCGAUGGUUUCUUUUGAAAUGAAUGACCGCAAGACAGCAGCGUUUUAUUCGCAUCUCCCGCAGACGGGAAAUGGCGGGAGACGAAAAUGAGUCAGGGGCGAGUCUUUACAGAGUCGUGGCGGAUCGAUGUAUCAGUCUCGAAGCGAGUCAUGCAAAGUUGAAAGAAGAACUUAGUGAGCUGGUAGAUGAAAAUAAUAGGAAGAGAAUAAUAAAAAAGAAUGAUGAGGUAGUGAUGCAAGAUUCUGAUGAAGUGACGUCAGAUUCCGGCAUGGGAUGCGUUUCUGGAUUCUUUGCUGCAGGAAGUCCUUAUAAGAGAGUUUUGGAGUCCAUUGGACAUGCUGUUCAUGUAUGCAAUGCUGCCUCUGGAGAGAUUAUUUAUUGGAAUCGUUCAGCUGAACAUCUCUACGGAUGGAAAGAAUCCGAAGUCCUUGGACAAAGUGUGGCCGGACUCAUUGUAUCUGAAGAAUACAGUCAACCGCUCAAUAGAAUUGUGGAAAGGUUGAGUUUUGGGCAAUCAUGGUCAGGGCGAUUUCCUUUUAAGAAGAAGUCUGGAGAAAUAUUUAUGGCAAUGGUCUCAAAGAGCCCAUUGUAUGAGGAUGGUAAGCUUUCUGGUAUUAUCACGGUUUCAAGUGAUGCACAAAUGUCUAAUGGUGCCCAUUCAGAAAACUUGAGAACGCAACAAGAUCGUGCUAGAAUACCAAGGAUAAACUGGAAAAGGAUUCAGUGGCAUCCACGCCCACCAAUUGCACCUGUGCCCCAGAUUGCAUCGUCAGUUUCCAAUCUGGCCUCAAAACUAAUUUUACGCAAAAAUGGUGAUGAUACAUGUGACGAAAAUGUGAAUUCCAAGGAUAAAGAACAUACUCUAACAAAAACCAAUGACGUCAAGUCAACAUUGCCUGGGGCACUAGCAUCCAAGGUGUUAGCAAAGCUGAAUAUUGGAGGAAUUAGUUGCAAGGAAAAAGAAGAUGAUAUCAGCAGUCAAGAAAAUGGCCUGAGUGUUACUGAGACAUACAGUGCUAGAGGCUUAGAGUCAUCAAGCUCUCACUGUUAUAACAGUGGUACUGAGUAUAAAGGAGAAGUUCCACUAAAAAGAAAUUCAUCACUUGCAGAUAAAAAGGUAUCUUCAAAUGUAAAUGCAGGCAGAAGUCCCAAUGCUUUGCACGAUAGAUGCCAGUCCUCUUUAAUGGAGUGUAAGGAAUGUCAUGGGUUAGCUAAACCAGGAGAUCCAUUUCCCAAAUUAGGGUGCCUAGAUGAUAUGAAUGAUUUUCCAAAUGUGGAAGCCCUGGAGAUAGAAGAUGAACAAAGACCUUCAGAUGGUAAACAGUUUCCAAGUGUAGGGGAGAGCUCUAGCAGCAAUGGAAGUUCAACAAGCAGAGGGGAGAAAGACUCGAACUCUGUGGUAAAAUGUGAGAUUCACUGGGAAGAGCUACAGUUGGGAGAGGAGAUAGGGCAAGGUUCAUACGGUGUUGUCUAUAGAGGAAUUUGGAAUGGAUCAGAUGUUGCUGUUAAGCUUUAUUUUGGCAAUCAAUUCAAAGAAGAAACUGUACAAGAUUACAAAAAGGAGAUUGAUAUAAUGAAAACACUUAGACAUCCAAAUGUGCUGCUAUUCAUGGGAGCAGUGCAUUCACCGGAACGACUUGCCAUUGUCACGGAGUUCAUGCUUAGGGGGAGCCUUUUCAAAACACUUCACAAAAACAAUCAGGUCUUGGACAUAAGACGCCGCCUGAGGAUGGCCCUUGAUGUUGCUAGAGGUAUGAAUUAUUUGCAUCACAGGAAUCCACCAAUAGUGCACAGAGACCUAAAAUCUUCUAACCUACUUGUUGAUAGAAACUGGACCGUCAAGGUUGGAGACUUUGGCCUGUCAAGGUGGAAGAAUGCAACCUUCAUCACUGCAAAAUCUGGAAGAGGAACUCCUCAAUGGAUGGCUCCUGAAGUCCUCCGGAAUGAACCUUCAAAUGAAAAGUCUGAUGUGUUUAGUUUUGGCGUCAUCCUGUGGGAACUGAUGACUGUAUCCAUACCAUGGAUCAAUCUGAACUCUGUACAGGUAGUUGGAGUUGUAGGCUUCAUGGACAGAAGAUUGGAAUUACCAGAAGACUUGGAUCCCAAGGUAGCAUCCCUUAUUCGUGACUGUUGGCAAAGUGAUCCUGGAGAACGUCCGUCAUUUGAAGACAUAAUUCAUCGAAUGACAAGCAUAACGCAACGAGGUGUUGCUAUAUCUCCAAGGCAGAGAGCUUCUUCAUAGACUUAGAAUUUCAAUCUUAAUGAAAAAGAAAAGAAUACAAGACAACUCGUAGACAUAGCUAAGAUUAGAGAAUCAGAAUGUAAUUGUAUUUUCUCUCUUCUUUUUUGAGAGAAGAAAAAAAAAAAAAAAAAAGGCUAGCAAGGAAAUGGGCUGCUAAGUAACAGGUAGCCCUUACCCAUCUCAAAGGACUUUAGUGUUGGGACUUGAACAUAGGAACGUAGUCCCCUUUCUUGUAAGGCAAACUGAAGUACAAAGUUGGCUUUUAAUUAUUUGAUCAUACAAAAUACAUACUCUUUUAUGAGCAA